AACUCAGGGAAAUACAUUUACUUGAGCAGUUAUAACCUUGGGUCUUGUUUUACACUAAGACCAUACAAGAGAUGUUGAAGUUAUCACUAGGCUGCCGGACAAAUAGAAUUCCAACAGCAAGGUGCAGACCAGCGUAGAUCUGUGAUUCUGACCUCAGGAUUUGUCUUGGAAAGAGUUCAAGCACUGAGAAGAAGGCAGAGCCAGUGAAGAGAACUUGGGAGCUACAGUUUGUCCGAAGACCAGCUUUCGUCAGUUCAAAUACCAAAGCCUGAUUAUCAUACAUUCACAUAGGAAUGCAUAGGUUAUUUGAUCGAAUAAUUUUAGCCAGCUCUUGCUACAUCAAUACUGCAAAAGCCCUUAACAACUGUGGAUAAUUAGAAAUCUGAAUUUCAGCUUUCUUAGCAAUCACUACUCUUGACGUAUCUGCAAAUAUCUAAAACAGGAGAAGAAAAUGGACUGAGUAUGUUGUGUUCAGAAACACCACUGUCAUGAAGAAUAGGUAAAUUUGUUUUUACAACUUCACAGCUACUGACAAAGCGUGCCUCCAAGGAACCGGGAUUCUUACUACUUUUAAGUGGACAAGAAGGAUUAAAAAUACCGACUUUUGCUUUUGUACAAAAAUGCAUUGGACCGUAUUUUUACUUAGGGGUCUUGUGGGCUUCCUCUGGUGCGGCUGGGUUCAAGUGGGUUAUGCAAAAGGAGGUCUGGGAGACAAUCAUGUUCACUCCAGUUUCAUUUAUAGAAGACUGCGGAACCAUGAGAGACGGGAAAUACAGAGGGAAAUUCUCUCUAUUUUGGGUUUGCCCCACAGACCCAGGCCGUUUUCACCUGGAAAGCAAGCAUCUUCUGCACCCCUCUUUAUGCUGGAUCUGUACAAUGCCAUGGCCAGUGAAGAAAAUCCUGAGGAGUCGGAAUACUUGGUGAGGGUAUCCCUGGCAGGAGAGGCCAAGGAGGCCAGGAAGGGAUACCCAGCUUCUCCCAAUGGGUAUGCUCAUCGUAUGCAGUUGUCUCCAAGGAUCCCGCUGACUACCCAGAGCCCUCCUCUUGCCAGCCUACACGAUACCAACUUUCUGAAUGAUGCUGACAUGGUCAUGAGCUUUGUCAACUUAGUUGAAAGAGACAAGGACUUUUCUCAUCAGAGAAGGCAUUACAAAGAGUUUCGGUUUGAUCUGACCCAGAUCCCGCAUGGAGAAGCAGUGACAGCGGCUGAAUUCCGGAUAUAUAAGGACAAGAGUCACCAGCGAUUUGAAAACGAGACCAUUAAGAUCAGCAUAUAUCAGAUCAUCAAGGAAUACACAAAUAGGGAUGCGGAUCUUUUCCUGUUGGACACAAGGAAGGCGCAAGCUUUGGACGUGGGCUGGCUUGUCUUUGAUAUCACUGUGACCAGCAACCACUGGGUGAUUAACCCACAGAACAAUUUGGGUUUACAGCUCUGUGCAGAGACUGGAGAUGGACGCAGCAUUAAUGUAAAAUCUGCUGGUCUUGUGGGAAGACAUGGACCUCAGUCAAAACAGCCUUUCAUGGUGGCCUUCUUCAAGGCAAGCGAGGUACUUCUUCGAUCUGUGCGAGCAGCCAGCAAACGGAAAAAUCCAAACCGCAAUAAAUCCAGCUCUCAUCAGGACACCUCCAGGAUGUCCACGGCUGGAGAUUAUAACACCAGUGAACAAAAGCAAGCCUGCAAAAAGCAUGAGCUCUAUGUGAGUUUCCGGGAUCUGGGAUGGCAGGAUUGGAUUAUAGCGCCAGAAGGGUAUGCUGCCUUCUAUUGUGAUGGAGAAUGUUCUUUUCCACUUAAUGCCCACAUGAACGCCACCAACCAUGCCAUAGUCCAGACUCUGGUACACCUGAUGUUUCCUGACCACGUUCCCAAGCCCUGCUGUGCUCCGACCAAACUGAACGCCAUCUCUGUCCUGUACUUUGAUGACAGCUCCAAUGUCAUUCUGAAGAAGUACAGAAACAUGGUGGUCCGCUCGUGUGGCUGCCACUAGCGCUAAGGGAUUGUGGGAAUAACAAAACUGAGCUGUAUUACAUUUAUGACUGCAAUCAAAGGCAGAUAAAUGGGGACUUCCUUAAAAUCAGCAGGGGUCAUUUCAUCUCUCUAUGUAUCAUAUUAUGUAUAUACACUUUUUUAUUUAUUUUAAAGUGUGUAUUCUCUUUUGGAUGCCUUAUCAGUAAAGUCUAUUUUAAAGGUUCCUAUAUUAUGAUAGAUUCCUACUCUCACUUUUGAUGGGGCAUGCUGAGCCCAGUUAAAUUCUACGUCAACAUUUUUCCCAAUACUACUACAAAUAAUUUUCUAAUAUUAAGUAGAACUCCCUUGACAGUUUAAUGUUGUUGAAGGGAAAUAAAUACAUUUGGUUAUAUUGCACCAGUGAAAACUAAAAUAGAAUAUUUAGAAAUAAAGUUUUAAAAACUAGCAACCCAUUUUUUUAAAAAAAAACUAUUGCUUAGUUAAAUAAAAAUUUCCUUUCAGAGUUUAUGCUUUAUUGGUGAAAGUAAAAUGCUGGACAGGAUUUGACUAAAUAAAGGGUAGGCAGGACAGACAAGGGAGCUGAGGGACAGCGUAACUGUUUUAACCGCUCUCUUUAGGGGAAUUGGUGCAACUCCAGGAGCCUGCUGCUUCUUGCUUCUGAUUGCUGCAGAUUUUUUUUUUCAGAAGGUCAGAGCUUCCGAAAUUUUUUGACACAGGCUUGAGGCUUGAGUCAAUGUCCACAAGUUCCCAAAAUGACACUAAAAAGCACAGUCCAGCCUCACCUCAGCUGAGCCACACCUGGCCGUUGUCUAGAACACCACAGCUACAGUGCUUGUUUCUCCUUGGUUAGAACUUAGUCCACGGUAGAGAAAUAUUUGCAUCUACUGCAUUUUUCUCCUUCCAGGAAGGAGUCACUUCAUGCAUAAAAUGGGUUGGAACUGACGAUGCCAGUAGAGACUUUGCAGGUUGAUGCGAUGCAAGGGAUUUUCCUUAGGGUGAAACCGUGGACAUUAAACUGAAUGAAAAUUAUCACAGUGUGGCUUUGAUGGAACUGCCAUUUUCAAACUGCUAAAAGCCACUUUUCUUGUUUUUGAGAAUCAACGCAGUGUAAACCUGAUUCGAGAAAGGGAUUUUUGAAAACCUUCCUCCAAGCACAAAUAAGUACAGCAGGGAAGGUUCGGGAGCGGUGUGAAAGUGUGUGUGUAUGAGUGUGCGCAUCCUCUCCUCGCUGGUGUUAAUUUCUUUUCUCCGUGUUGAAGCGGUAACUGGGAGCUGCGGUCUUGGUUCAGCACAGGCUGAGUCUUUGGGGAGUGGAUCAUCAGGUUGACCACCUUCUGCUGCUGUCAGCUGUGUGUGGAGGUUUGUAGCAGUCAACUGGAAAUAUCCAAGAACCUUUCCUUAAUCACUGUCUGUAGCUUUCAAGCCAAGGUCUGUUAUUAGGAAUUCCCCAACAUUCGGGAUUGUUUGUGAUUCAGACAUUUUACAUUGUUGCUUUAUAACCCAGUUUACAGUAUAGAAAGUAUGGUAUUGACUAUAUUGGGGGAUACAUUAAGUAAUAUAUUUUUAGUUAAUAAGUUAAUAGUAUACCAUUGAAGAUAAGACUAGAGAUUAAGAAAUGGAAAUCUAUUAUAUUAUUCUUUAAAUGUGCUACUUGAAUGUAUGUUUACAUUUAAAAUAUAUUAAACUUGU